AUGUCCUCCAUCAUAAAAGGGUGGUCCGAUGAAGUCAUGCCGAUGAAGCUAGUGUUCCAGAAGGUAUGGUUGUGGUGUUUUUCCAUCCAUAUUGUGAACCAGCUGGGAACUUUCAUUCUGAUUCUCGGCUUUGUUACGAUGGUAUACUCAUCUUCACGUUCUGCUCACAGAUGGACAUACGAUGUGUUUGUUAGUUUCAGAGGGGAAGAUAUCCGUAAAACAUUUGUGGGUCAUCUAUUCAGUGAUUUCAGAAGGAAGGGGAUUUAUGCUUUUCGAGACGAUGAUCAGUUAAAGAGAGGAGAAGAUAUAUCACCUGGACUCUAUAAAGCCAUUGAACAGUCAAGGUUCUUGAUAGUUAUAUUCUCAAAAGACUACGCAUCGUCAACAUGGUGUCUGAGGGAGCUUGUUAAGAUCCUCAAGUGUAAGGAGAUGGACGAUGGAUAUGAAGUUCGGGUGUUGUACUACGAUGUGACACCUGAGGUGGUAGGGAAUCAAAGGGGUAGCUACGAAGAAGCGUUCGUGAAACAUGAGGGUUAUCAUAGAAAAGAGGUCCAUGAAUGGAAGGAAGCUUUAACUUGGGCUGCUGACAACUUAUCUGGAUGGGAUCUCCAAGCUUUGUCUAAUGGGCCUGAGCCAAAGUUUAUAGAAACAAUCUCAAACGAAAUAUUUCAUAAACUAACAAGCACCGGCCCAAUAGACGCCGGCGACAACCUGGUUGGACUAUACACCAGGGCGGAGCAAAUGGAUCUCAUGCGAUUGCAAAUGCAUGAUUUGGUUCAAGAAAUGGGUUGGCGAAUUGUUGAUGAAGAAUCGGAGGAGCCUGGGAAGAGGAGCAGGUUGUGGUUUACGAAAGAUGUACGUGAUGUGUUAAACAAGGAUAAAGGGACCGGAGCUGUUAAAGGUCUAGCCAUGGAUGUUUCAAGUUCAGAAGUUGAUAUUUAUGGUAAAACCUUCACAAGAUUGAAUAAUCUUCGAUUGUUGAACCUUUAUAUUGGAUCGUGGACUAGACUUCUAGACAACAAUGGAAAAAUACGUGAGACAAAAUUGGGGAUAGAAACCAAGGUGCAUGCAACUUCCGGAAAGCUUGAUUUUUUGUCUAGCGAACUACGGUUGUUUUGUUGGCAUGGGUACCCUUUCCACCAUUUACCAUCAUCGUUUUAUCCCGAGAGCCUUGUUGUCCUUGAUUUAUCGUAUAGUUACAUCAAAGAAAUUUGGACCGGAUCCAAGGGCUUUAAAAGGUUGACAUCGAUGAAACUUGCUCAUUGUCGUAACUUGAUAAAGACACCCGAUUUCACUGAAACCCCGAAUCUUGAAGAGCUGAUACUCGAUGGUUGUAAAAGUUUGAAAGAAGUUCAUCCAUCCGUUGGAACACUCUGGAGUCUCCUUAUCUUAAAUUUAAAAAGAUGCAUAAACCUCGAAACUCCUCCAAACUGCAUCGGAUUGAAAUCUCUUCAAAUCCUCAAUCUCUCGGGAUGUAAGAAAUUGGAUCAGUUCCCCCAAGAUCUUGACAUAAUGAAAGAUUUAAUCGAGCUUCAUGCGGAUGGAACUUCAAUCGACCAACUCCCUUCUUCAGUAUCAAUCCUUUGGAACCUUCAAGUACUUUCACUAGGCCAACGAGAAGACAUGAUCAAAACACGAUCACUGGGUUCGAUCUUUUGGCCUUUAAGUAAGAUGCAUCAUCCACCGAAUGCAGCAAUAGUUCCUUCUUUAUCGGGUUUAAAGAUGUUAAGAAACAUUGAUGUUAGCCAUUGCAGAGUAACGGAUGGAAGCCUUGGUGGAAUUGAAGGCUUAUCGAUGCUUAAAAUGUUGAAUCUGAGUGGGAAUGAUUUUAAAAGUUUGCCGAAUUUGGGGAAACUUUCAAGACUUGAAACGCUUGGAUUGGUUGGUUGUACAAAGCUUGAAGCAUUGCCGGAACUUCCACCGAAUAUUGAAGUGAUCGAGGCACAGGAUUGCAUAUCGUUGAAGGAAUUGCCGAAGAAGUCGACUCUGUAUGAAAGUAGCUUUCAAAGCUUUGACUUCACCAACUGUGCUAAAAUCAUCGAGAAUCAAUCCAUCGAAAGCCUGAUUACCAUGUUGCUGCCACAGGGACGCAUUGAUCCUUACAAGAUGCUAAGUGUCCACCUUCCAGGAAGUAGAAUACCUGGGUGGUUUACGCAUCAAACAAUGGGAGAUUGCAUAACAAUAGAAUUACCUCAAAAUUGGUGUUAUGAAAACUUCAAGGGAAUAGCAUAUUGUCUGGUUUUUACUCCCAAAAUCCACAACCGUCGGAAGAGUAACUACAAUUCAAUCGGGUAUCGAUUCAAAAACUUCGAUGGUACUCCGAUCGGAGUGGAGUCUCCUAUUCCCGAUUCUAUAUUUCAAUACGAGAGCAUCGGAAUCAAGACGGACCAGAUGUUGUUGAGCUAUGACGCAUCGAAACCAGAUUGGAAAAAAGCAAAGAAUUCAAUUUCGGUUUUUUUUGAAGUAUAUGGUGCAGAUUGUGUGGUGAAGAAGUGUGGUGCGAGAUUGGUGUAUGAGGAAGACGAACGAGAACAAGAAGAAGGUAGCGGUUCACGAAUGAUUCAAUGGCUGGCUCCAUCUUCUCGUGUGGAAGACGAGCUUCUGAUAUCACAGGGGGGUGACUCUUGA